GGAAGGAGUAUAGCUCAUAUAACAAACUCAAGUUAAUUUUGUAUUAUGAAGCAUCCUCUCAAAAGUGGCAAAAGGGCUUCUCAAAAUAGUGGAGUUUGGGGCCAAGAAUGCACUGACAAUUAUAAAGAAACACUAGUACACUUUACAUGAUAUUUCCAACAAAUUUCUUAGAUUACGUUUCUAGCAUCUAAAUCAUUUAACUAUUAUUAUUUCGAUAUCCUAUUAUACUAGUACGUAUUUAACAAACCUUUCUCACAAUACUAAAAAUCUAAAUUAUACUAUUUAUAUUAGAGAGAGAGAGUGUGUGUGACUGUGAGCAUUGGGCAUUGAAAUUUCUACGUUAACGCUGUUUUUUGACUUGACUUUCGUUGUUCAUAUCCACAUCGUUCUCUUAAAUAUUAUUCCACUAUACUGUAACUAAAUUCCACGACUCUCCUCUCUCCUUCUCAUAGCUUUUGUGAUUAAAGGUCCACUUCUUUAUUAUAGAAGAAAACAGGUAGUGGGAUCUGUCUUCGAAAUUCUUAGUGAGUAUUGUUAAUUUGUUACACAACAUUCAUUUGUGCUUUAGUCAACACAGAGUAAGGAAAAGGAUCAUCAAACGAAAAAGGGAGCCUCUGUAACCAGGAAAAUCACAUCUACUGAAGAAGAAAAAGGCAUAAGGGACGUGAUGCGAGUGAGAUAACUCCUAAACGAUCGUCUGAUUUUCGAGAUAAUUCAGUUUCUAUACCUCACAAUUCCAAUUUUCGAGAUCAAGCAGCAUGGGAAUUUGCUUCAGUUCUGCCUCCGUUGAUCAAAGCCCGCCGCAAUCUACCAACCAAUUCAGCUCAGUGGCGACGUCGGAGGCGACGACGAGGAGCACGAUGACGUCUUCGAGCGGCGGCAGCAGCAGCACAAUUUCCGCCGGAAGUUGCGGUGGGAGUUUUAGUCCGGCGGGGAAGAUGCUUGCGCAGCCGAAUUUGAGGGUUUUCACCUUGGCAGAACUCAAGGCGGCGACUCGGAAUUUCAGAAGUGAUUCAGUGCUUGGAGAAGGAGGUUUUGGGAAAGUUUACAAGGGGUGGCUCGAAGACAGAGCCACUGGCAAAACAACCAUAAUUGCUGUCAAAAAGUUGAAUUCUGAAAGUAUGCAAGGGUUUCAAGAGUGGCAGUCUGAGGUGAACUUCCUUGGAAGACUUUCACAUCCCAAUCUGGUGAAGUUGUUGGGGUAUGGUUUGGAGGACACAGAGCUGCUUCUUGUGUAUGAAUUUAUGGCGAAAGGCAGCUUGGAGAACCAUCUCUUUGGAAGGGGCGCGUCUGUGCAGCCGCUUCCAUGGGACAUUAGGCUCAAGAUAUUGAUCGGAGCAGCUUGUGGUCUGGCCUUCCUGCACGCCUCUGAUAGAAAAGUUAUCUACAGGGACUUCAAGGCCUCAAACAUAUUGCUUGAUGGAUCAUACCAUGCCAAGAUAUCUGACUUUGGCCUAGCAAAGAAUGGUCCAACAGCUAGUAGAUCCCAUGUGACCACACAGGUUAUGGGGACAUAUGGUUAUGCAGCUCCGGAAUAUGUUGCCACUGGGCACUUGUAUGUGAAGAGCGAUGUGUAUUGUUAUGGCGUGGUGUUGGUAGAAAUGCUGACAGGGCUGCGCGCGCUUGACGCCAACCGGCCUUCUGGGCAACACAGCCUGGGUGAUUGGAUCAAGCCACAUCUAUCAGAUAGGAGGAAGUUGAAGCGCAUCAUUGAUGCCCGGCUAGAAGGCUAUCCCAGCAAAUCAGUACACCACGUAGCUCAGCUUGCCUUGCAUUGCCUUGAAAGUGAGCCUAAAAACAGACCAUCCAUGCAGGAGAUAGUUGAGAGACUGGAAAAAAUCGGUUCUUCUAGUGAGAGGCCUAGAGAACGUAGAGCGCAGUCCGGCAGUCCUCAUGCAGUGAGUCGCCGUGGCCAUCAACCACUACAGCAUCGUUCUCCACUUCAUCCUAAACCAGAGGCCACAGAAUCCUAUCCUCUGCCACAGCGCUCAUAAAAGUAACUAUAUAGUAUAUGUGUUCUGUGUGUUCUGUCAUCUUCUUAUUGUUUCUGUGAUGGGUAAGAGUAGGCAUAAGUGUGCCAUUUUUGUGGUUGAUGUAAAGUUGUGUAAAAAAUGUUGAGAUGUUCGUGCUAUGUGUUCAAAUGUAUGCUAUUUAUACGUGGAGAGACUUGAUUAUGUUAAGGAGAUUUAAAGAGAUUUUAGCUAUAUAUUACUUGAUGGUUGUAUUUGAAAUUUCUCUAAUUUUUAAAACUUUUAUUUGUUUUUUUA